CCUAGCUAGUCUUACUAUACAAUACAAAGCAAUGGCCAAAACGACGCGGUUUUUCACUCUCCCUUUCCUCCUCAAAGUCGCCGGUGUGAUCUUUCAACUCUCAGCCGUGACUUCGGCCAUUGGUAUCAACUAUGGAACACUAGGGAACCUUCAACCUCCGCAACAAGUGGUUGACUUCAUCAAGACAAAGACCACUUUUGACAGUGUCAAGAUCUAUGAUGCGAAUCCCGACAUCCUCCGAUCCUUCGCUGGCUCUGAAAUCAACGUCACCAUUAUGGUCCCUAACGGUAACAUUCCUGCGAUGGUCAACGUUGCAAAUGCUCGUCAAUGGGUCGCUGCCAAUGUCUUACCGUUUCAUCAGCAGAUCAAAUUCAAAUACCUUUGUGUCGGAAACGAGAUUCUUUCUGGUAACGACAACAACUUGAUAUCAAAUCUUGUGCCCGCGAUGCAAAGUCUUAACGAAGCUUUAAAAGCUUCCAAUCUCACUUAUAUUAAGAUCUUGGAGUUUCAUCGUCAAGCUAAGUCCCCAUUCAUGAUCAACGCCUACACUUUUUUCACGAUGGACCCGAACAAUGUCAAUUACGCAAUAUUUGGUCCAUCAAAAUCAGUAACGGAUACCAAUACACAACACACCUACAACAACAUGUUUGACGCAGUCAUGGAUGCAACUUACUCUGCUAUGAAUGCUCUUGGCUAUGGCGAGGUAGAUAUCGCGGUAGGGGAGACCGGUUGGCCUACCGCUUGUGACGCUCCAUGGUGCUCACCUCAAAACGCUGCAAACUACAACCUCAAUAUCAUCAUGCGUGCACAGGUUAUAGGGACACCUCUUAUGCCCAACCGCCACAUUGAUAUCUUCAUAUUUGCAUUGUUCAAUGAAGAUGGGAAACCCGGUCCAACCCGUGAGAGAAAUUGGGGGCUAUUUAAACCGGACUUUUCUGCGAUGUAUGAUGUUGGGGUCCUAAAAGGCGGUAUAAGCCCACUUCCACCGAUAAACAAUCCACCGAUAAACAAUGGAAAAUGGUGUGUGGCAAAACAAGAAGCGACAUACAUGCAACUACAAGCAAAUAUUGAUUGGGUAUGCAACCAUGGUAUUGAUUGUACACCAAUCUCACUUGGUGGAAUAUGUUUUGACAACAACAACAUGACGACUCGCUCCGCGUUCAUUAUGAACGCUUAUUAUCAAAGCAAGGGAUGUUCUGAUGAUGCUUGUAAUUUUAGCGGUAGUGGCAUGGUCACCUCUACCAACCCAAGCACUAGCACAUGCCGUAUACCAAUAGGGGAAGGCGGUGGCGGAGCAGAAAGCUGGUGUAUGGCAAAACAAGAAGCGACAGAGACACAACUACAAGCGAAUAUAGAUUGGGUAUGUAGCCAAGGUAUAGAUUGUAAACCAAUCUCACCUGGUGGAAUAUGUUUUGACAACAACAACAUGAAGAGUCGAUCCACGUUCAUAAUGAACGCUUAUUACCAGAGUAAAGGAUAUUCCAAAGACGCUUGUGACUUCCGCGGUAGUGGCAUGGUCACUACUACCAACCCAAGCACUAGCACAUGCCCUAUACCAAUAGCGGAAGGGGGUGGCGGCACAGAAAGCAAAAGUGGAAAUUGGUGUAUGGCAAAACAAGAAGCGACAGAGACACAACUACAAGCGAAUAUUGAUUGGGUGUGCAGCCAAGGUAUAGAUUGUAAACCAAUCUCACCUGGUGGCCUAUGUUUUGAUAACAACAACAUUAAGACUCGAUCUACGUUCAUUAUGAACACUUAUUACCAAAGCAAAGGAUACUCCAGAGAGGCUUGUGAUUUCAAGGGUAGUGGCAUUGUCACUAAUACCAACCCAAGCACUAGCACAUGCGUCGUACGAGGCGGUGGAGGCACCAGCAUCAUUGCGGAAUACGGCCUCUUGCUGCUGCUGAUCGUCUUCUUCGGAUUUCUCUCCGUCGUCGUUUUUGAAGCUUGGAGAAGGAGAAACAGUAACGUCUCUGUCGAGACGGUGACUACACUGGAGGAUCCGAAAUCUAUAGAACCGAUUCCUUGCCCUCAUAUCACCGACCCUGCCGAGAAGUAUUUGUCAUUAAUAGUUCCAGCGUAUAAUGAAGAACUGAGACUUCCUGCAGCUCUUGAGGAAACAAUGGAUUACCUUCAAGAUCGUGCAUCACGGGACAAGAGUUUUUCUUUUGAGGUGGUGAUUGUUGAUGAUGGAAGUGUUGAUGGAACAAAAAGUGUAGCUUUUGAUUUUGUUAGAAAGCACACAGUUGACAACAUAAGGGUUAUACCCCUUGGGAAGAAUCAAGGCAAAGGAGAAGCUAUAAGAAAAGGAAUGUUGCAUUCGCGGGGUCAGCUACUUCUCAUGUUGGAUGCUGAUGGAGCAACUAAAGUAACCGACCUAGAAAAACUUGAAAAUCAGAUCAAUGCAGUAGCCAGAGAAGAAUAUUCAAUCAGAAAUCCAGCAUCUAAGGAUAUGGAUUUCAGAAUAGGUGAUGUUCAAGUAUCCGCAUUUGGUUCUCGUGCUCAUCUUGAGGAGAAAGCUCUUGCUACAAGGAAAUGGUAUCGCAACUUUCUGAUGAAGGGUUUCCAUCUUGUGGUUCUGUUAGCUGCUGGUCCUGGUAUUCGGGAUACACAGUGUGGCUUCAAGAUGUUUACUAGAGCUGCUGCUAGGAGACUUUUCACAAACGUCCAUCUGAAAAGGUGGUGCUUUGAUGUUGAAUUGGUGUACUUGUGCAAGCGUUUUAAUAUUCCAAUGGUUGAGAUCUCUGUGAAAUGGUCUGAAAUCCCCGGGUCUAAAGUCAGUAUGUUGAGCAUUCCAAACAUGCUUUGGGAGCUUGCUUUAAUGUCUGUGGGAUACAGAACUGGCAUGUGGAAGAUCCAUCAAGUAUGAGACACAUAGACAACACAACAUACAUAGAGCGUCUCCUCUUGGCGAAAAACCCAGUUCACGCGGGUUUGCUGCAAAGAGGAUAUAGUUUGAUGUCUCUGAAUCUCUGAUCAAGCAAAAGGAGAGCUAAGGCGAUAGAAAACAUAUUGGUCUUUCUUUCAAUAGAUGUAAUAAACAUCUUACCGGAUU